AUGGGUGAAUUGGAAGGAAAUGAACUCGCCGAAGUACACAUAUAUACUCAGACAUUUAAAGUAACUCAGAAGUCAGUUGAAAGGAAUGAAAUUGAUAAAAGAUUCCACACCUACAUAAACAGAGUGUUGGAUGAGGGCGGAGCGGAAAUAGGGAUCGUGUUUUAUAAGGGCUUGCUGUAUUCCCAUCCCGACGCGAAUGACCAAGCAGGGAAAUAUUCUGUCGAAUUCCACCUGUUGUCGGCGAAACACUGGGAUGAGAACAGAAGAAACAGACUUCUGAAGUCGCAGAUCUACAGGGAACACACGGAAAAUUUUGUGCGCUCUGUGGGGAGUGGCUACUAUGGUCGUUCUAAGCGUACUUUACAUGGCCGGGAAUCUAUGAAGAGGAAAACACACGAAUCCCGGUGUAAGAACUGCGGCUUUGUGACGCUCUCACUACUCAGUUUUCCAAUUCUAUCAGUUUCCGUAGCCUGGUUUUCAUGGCCGCACCUGAUUGGCACAGAGGUUAUUUACAUAAUGGCAGGAAUAGGGUACCGUCCAAAGUUUUUCAAAGAGUAUUUCCGAAUUGUCGAAAAGUCGGAGAGCUUCGGAAAUCCCAUUAUUGAUCGAUUUCCCACGAACCACAAGGACGUCAUGUCGGUAGCACCAGCGCAUGUGGAAACAAUGAAGAAAUGUCAUCUUCUCUCCGAGCAUCCGACGAACGGAGAGGUGUUCAAGACCAUCGCUACACUGAAGUUAUCUGCAAUGUAUUUAAGGAAACGAAACACACUGCAAUCCUUAGAUAGGACCAAAGAAUCCCCUGAAGUGGCCAUAGAAAAUUUGGAUAUCAUGAUGGCGGCUCGCAAAGGUUACAUUGGAAAGAGUAACAAUAUGAAAGUGGGACAUAGCGAUGAAGUUGUGUAAAGAAUUUCUACAUAACGGACAUUUUAUACAGCUCAGGUUCUGUAUUUCAGAUUUAUGGCCUGGAUAGAUCUGUCUUUAUUUGUAACUCAUGUACAACCAUUACGGUAAAGUGUGAAUAAUGAAUAAAAUAUUGUAGUAUAGAAAUAUGAGAGAGAGAGAGAGAGAGAGAGAGAGAGAGAGAGAGAGAGAGAGAGAGAGCACAGGGGCGGAUCCAGGAAUUGUGGUUACGGGGGGCGCCACUUUAUGAGGCAGGGGGUCUGGGGGCCGCCUUGAGGGCCCAGGGGGCGAAGCCCCCGGAAGCUCCUGGAUUUUGCAGGUUUUAUAGAGCUUGAAAUACGUCUCCUAUUUAGUCAUUUCUACUAUUUUCUAUCAUUUCUUAUAAGGUGAAAUUAAUAAAAAUGACGAAAAAUUUUAAGGGUUUUUGGAAAAAAUUAAGUUCUCCCAAUAAAAUAUUUCAAGAAAU